GGGUUGUGGCCACGCGCAGCGGCGGCGGUUGUUCCGCUUCCCCUCUGGCCCGGGCCGUCGCCAUUGCCGAAGGCUCCCUACCCUCCCCUCCCGGCGCCCGUGGGGCUCGGCUGCCGCUCGGCUUUGCGGUAGCAGCGGCUGCGCUCCAGCGCGGCUCGUCUUCCCGCCCCGCUUCCCCCUCCCUCCCUGCCUGCCCUGCGCCUUGCGCUUGCCCGGGGCGGUUCCAGAGCCCGCCGGGAGCUCGGACCGAGGCGCCUCGCUGGGGCGGGGACCUUCCCUCGCCUGGGGCCACAUCAUAAUUCCGAAUCAUGUCUGAUAACGGAGAACUGGAAGACAAGCCUCCAGCACCUCCUGUGCGAAUGAGCAGUACCAUUUUUAGCAGUGGAGGCAAAGACCCUUUGUCAGCCAAUCACAGUUUGAAACCUUUGCCCUCUGUUCCAGAGGAAAAAAAGCCCAGGAAUAAAAUCAUCUCUAUAUUCUCAGGCACAGAGAAAGGAAGUAAGAAGAAAGAAAAGGAACGGCCAGAAAUUUCUCCUCCAUCUGAUUUUGAGCACACCAUUCAUGUUGGCUUUGAUGCAGUUACUGGAGAAUUCACUGGCAUGCCAGAACAGUGGGCUCGAUUAUUACAGACCUCCAAUAUCACCAAACUAGAGCAAAAGAAGAAUCCUCAGGCCGUGCUGGAUGUCUUAAAGUUCUAUGACUCCAACACGGUGAAGCAGAAAUAUCUGAGCUUUACUCCUCCUGAGAAAGAUGGCUUCCCUUCUGGAACACCAGGACUGAAUACCAAGGGGUCAGAAACAUCAGCAGUAGUAACAGAGGAAGAUGAUGAUGAUGAAGAGGCUGCCCCUCCUGUUAUUGCCCCACGACCGGAUCAUACAAAAUCAAUUUAUACACGGUCUGUAAUUGACCCUAUUCCUGCACCAGUUGGUGAUUCUAAUGUUGAUAGUGGUGCCAAGUCUUCUGACAAACAGAAAAAGAAGACCAAAAUGACAGAUGAAGAGAUUAUGGAGAAAUUAAGAACUAUUGUGAGCAUAGGUGACCCUAAGAAAAAAUACACAAGAUAUGAAAAAAUUGGGCAAGGGGCUUCUGGUACAGUUUUCACUGCUACUGAUGUGGCAUUGGGACAGGAGGUUGCUAUUAAACAGAUUAAUUUACAGAAACAGCCAAAGAAGGAAUUAAUCAUUAAUGAAAUUCUAGUGAUGAAAGAAUUGAAGAAUCCCAACAUAGUUAAUUUCUUAGACAGCUACCUGAUGGGAGAUGAAUUGUUUGUGGUAAUGGAGUACCUUGCUGGGGGAUCACUUACUGAUGUCGUGACAGAAACCUGCAUGGAUGAAGCACAGAUUGCGGCUGUUUGCAGAGAGUGUUUACAGGCAUUGGAGUUUUUACAUGCUAAUCAAGUGAUCCACAGAGACAUCAAAAGUGACAAUGUGCUUUUGGGGAUGGAAGGAUCGGUUAAACUUACUGACUUCGGUUUCUGUGCCCAGAUCACCCCUGAGCAGAGCAAGCGAAGUACCAUGGUUGGAACGCCAUACUGGAUGGCACCAGAGGUGGUUACACGGAAAGCUUAUGGCCCUAAAGUGGACAUAUGGUCUCUGGGUAUCAUGGCUAUUGAGAUGGUAGAAGGAGAGCCUCCAUACCUCAAUGAAAAUCCCUUGAGGGCCUUGUACCUGAUAGCAACUAAUGGAACCCCAGAACUUCAGAAUCCAGAGAAACUUUCCCCAAUAUUUCGGGAUUUCUUAAACCGUUGUUUAGAAAUGGAUGUGGAGAAAAGGGGUUCGGCCAAAGAAUUGUUACAGCAUCCCUUCCUGAAACUGGCCAAACCAUUGUCCAGCUUGACGCCACUGAUCAUGGCAGCUAAAGAAGCAAUGAAGAGUAACCGUUAGCAUCAUUGCCGUGGCCUCGUAUUCUUUCUUCCAUUUUCUAAAAGAAAUCUUUUAAUAUAUGAAAAUUAUUACUCUUUGGGGCUUAAAGAAAUGGUCUGUAUAACAUGGAGGAAAAAGCAAACUACUGCUUCCUGAAGACAACCAAGAGAAAAUUACAAAACGGAAUGAAAACUUUCCAUUGAAUCCCUUCUUUAUAGGGUCCAAAAGGAAUUAUGGACUGAAUCACUAGCCAUCUUUCAGCAGACAGCCCAUCAGGGCCAUUUAUCAUGCUUGAGAUUUGCAUUUAAUUUUGCUGAUUUCACUGUAAUGGAUCCCAUUCAUUGUCCCUUUUGGGGGGGGGGGGGGGUAUUUUCAAUACUUGAAUGGCAGAUUCGAGUUUUUCAAGAGUAUUUGUUUCAUCUGCUAGUCUUUUCUCUCCAUAGCCUUUUUUCCCCUUGACAUGCUCUUUUUGAGUUGCUUUGAGAAAUUUUUCUCAAGCCUAAAUUUGAGGCAAAUGUAAUAAAAUUAUGUAGUUCCUUAUAUUGGCAAAGGAGCUCAAAAUCGUUUAGCUUUGUAUAGAAGUUAGGGCCAGCUAUUAUUACAUGUAGUAUUUCAGUUCAUAAUUUGAACUGAAGGAAGGGAAGAAAAAUAUGUGAUUUUUACCUUUUUUAAUAAUGUGAAAGUCAAUUUUAGAAAUUUCAUGGUAGUGAGUUGUUUGGCAUUUGUUACAUGUAUAAUAGAGAGACUAAUAAUCUAUAUUUAUAACUAAAUCAUUGAGACAGAAAAAGAAUCCCAUUGACUAUACAACCUUACAAUUUAAUUUCCUUUCUAAGUGUAUCCUCUGCAGAUUGGGCUUUAGGAACCAAAGUUAUUUGCUCUUUCUUGUUCCAACUUGGGCUUUGUGACUGGUUGGUAUUGCUACUUUGCCCUUCCCCCUUUUUUCCCUUCAUUUUGGAAAUAAGUUUCUGUAUAUGUUGUAAUUUUAGUUAGUUUGUUUUUUAAUUAACCCUCGCACCCUACUCCACCCCUCUCCCUUUGGUAAAUAAUAUAAUAACCAUUGAAUUUUCAGAAUUUAAAAGUUAAUUUUUUUCCCAUUUAAAGAAGAAAAAUACUCGGAGCUAGCAGAAACAAAGCGAGAGACUAGAACUCUAAAAUAAUUAGGUAAGAUUAUAUUCAUGUAAGAGAAAUGACGGUUACAUAGAGAUGCCGCUUCUGACCAGUAAACUGUGGAGAUUUGUUAUAAACAUUGUUCCCAACCCAGUACCAACAUUUUACUAGCAAUGAGAACUUAACAUGACAAAGUUCUUGAUAAAUUCAUUGAUAAUUUGAGAUGUUGAGUUACUCUAGAUUUUUUUCAAAAAAAAUAAUGUGUAAAAAAAAAACUAGAGAAAGGAAGAAAAAUGAAAUAUCCUUGUUGAUAGCAAUACUUUUUUUAUUUUAAAAAUUUUAAGAAGGUCUGUGACCUGUAGCAUUACUUAUGAGAGUGCCCUCUCUUCUCCCCUCCCCGUUCUCUCCUUAUUUUUUAUUUUCUUAUGGAAGCAGUGUCGUCCCUCAAGCCACAUUAAAGAAAACAAUCUGGUUUGGUUCAGGCAUUUUGUUCCCACCACCACUCUUAAUUAACUUCCCACCUACUUGCCGUCAGUAGUACAAAUCAUGAAUAAAAAUAAUUUUGAGUACA